UCUCUCUCUCUCUCUCUCUCUCUCUCUCUUUCUCCUUACAAAAAAGAUUCGUUUCAUUCUCAAGGCCUGGAAUAUUGUUUCCUGUAAAGUGUGUUUAUUUGAGUUGACAGUGUUGGCAAGAGAAUCUUCCUCAGCACGGCUUCCAUAUUUCUGGACAACCUUUGAAGAAGACUGAAAGACAGAUAUUGCCUACGCUAAAUCAUACCCUCUUUUGACAAGACAAGAUUUUUUAGAUCUGUUUGGCGGUUGAAACUUUUCCAUCAAGAUUCUAUCGACAGCAAGUGUGGUUUUUGGGAGAAAGAAGCAGAAGCAGAAGCAGCUAUCCAUCAUGGGAGAUGAUGAUGCUAUGACAUCUUCUGGUACCAUGAUGGAAGCUCCACCUGAUGGAACAACCUCAAUGGAUUUUGAUUACAUGGGUGAACUUUUCUUAGAUGGUUGCUGGGUGGAAACCUUUGCUGAUGGAUCUGAUAUGUUGAUGCAAAGUCCUUCUUUUUCAAGCCCUCUCUUUGACUCUUCAUUCUCUUGGCCUCCCUUGGAGACCAACGAGCCACCCCACAAUGGUGAAUCUCAGGAAGAAGCUUCUUUUGGCAACCAACCAGUUUGUCAGAACAUAAUUGAUGUUGCUGGUAGUUGUAAUCAGGAGUAUCGGUCUGAAAUUCAUUCAGUUGAAAGUGCUUCUGAAGUGGUCAGAAGGUGGUGGAUUGCACCCACACAUAGUCCAAGACAUGGAUCUUCUGUAAUGGAGAAGCUAAUAAGGGCCCUCAAGGGGAUAAAAGAUUUCAAUAGGAACAAAGAUAUGCUUAUACAAAUAUGGGUUCCAGAUAAUAAUAGAUGGGGUGAACAGAUUCUGAUAGCUAAUGAACUUCUCUUCUCGCUUGAAAGCAGGUCUGCUAAUCUUGCAAAGUACCGAGAAAUCUCUGUGAGAUAUCAGUUUUCAGCAGAGGAGGACUCGAAGAGGUUGGUGCCGGGAUUGCCUGGACGAGUUUUUAGGGGUAAGGUUCCUGAGUGGACUCCUGAUGUUCGAUUCUUUAGGAGUGAUGAGUACGCACGAGUUGACCAUGCUCAAGAGUAUGAUGUGCGUGGAACAUUGGCACUUCCAAUCUUUGAACAAGGUAGCAGGACUUGCUUGGGUGUUGUUGAGGUUGUGAUGACUACCCAGCAGAUCAACUAUGGCCCUGAACUUGAGAGUGUUUGCAAAGCACUUGAGGCUGUUGAUCUUAGAAGCUCGAUACAUUCAAGUUUUCAGAAUGUGAAGCAGGCAUGCAACAAGUCCUAUGAAGCUGCACUACCCGAGAUUCAAAAGGCGUUGAGAUCUGCAUGUGAAAUGCACAAGUUACCUUUAGCUCAAACAUGGGUCUCAUGCAUCCUACAAGCAAAAGGGGGGUGUAGGCACUCUGAAGAUAAUUAUUUACACUGUAUAUCUCCUGUGGAGCAUGCUUGUUAUGUUGGUGAUCCCUCUAUCAGGUUUUUUCAUGAGGCUUGCACCGAGCAUCACUUGUUAAAAGGUCAAGGUGUUGCUGGGGGAGCUUUUAUGACAAAUCAACCACGCUUCUCAACUGACAUAACUUCCUUAAGCAAGAUAGACUAUCCACUGUCUCAUCAUGCAAGGUUGUUUGGAUUGCGGGCUGCGGCUGCCGUACGCCUCCGAAGCAUCUAUAGUAGUACAGAUGACUUUGUUCUAGAGUUCUUCUUGCCUGUAAAUUGCAAUGACAGUGAAGAACAGAAAAAGAUGCUUACUUCAUUGUCCAAGAUUAUACAAGGAGUCUGCCAUAGCUUGCGGGUUAUAACAGAUAAGGAAUUAGAGGAGGAAACUAACUUACCAGUUGAUAAAGUGAUAGCCCUUCCAGACAAUGGCUUUGCUAGGACUGAAAUUUGGUCGGAACUCCAACACAGAGUGAUGGUUUCCUCAUUGGAUACUGAAGAAAAAUCAAGUGAAACAAUGGGUACAAAAUUCUCUGACCUGAGACAGCAACAAGAAAAUCCUAUUUUAAAAGGAAACCUUGACUGUGUUAGGGAAUGUUCUACUUUUGUUGAGGGUAACUUAUCAAGUGUGGGAAUAAGUAAAACGGAAGAGAAAAGAAGGGCCAAAGCAGAGAAAACUAUCACUUUGCAAGUUCUUAGGCAACAUUUUGCUGGAAGCCUAAAAGAUGCUGCGAAGAAUAUUGGUGUUUGUACCACAACUUUGAAAAGGAUCUGCCGGCAACAUGGGAUAAAGCGUUGGCCUUCUAGAAAGAUAAAAAAGGUUGGUCACUCCUUACAGAAACUUCAACUUGUCAUUGACUCAGUUCAAGGCACCUCUGGUUCAUUUCAAAUCGAUUCCUUCUAUUCAAAAUUCCCGGAUCUGGUAGCUUCUCCAAGUUUAUCAGGAACCAACCCAUUCUCAACUUUGAAUCAUAGUGAUAAUAAUAUGAACUCAUUAAGCACACAGCCAGAUCCUAGCUCGUUGAGCCCAGAAGGUGGUGCUUCAAAAUCACCCUCUUCUUCGUGCAGUCAACAUUCCAUUUCAAGCCAUUCCUGUUCCAUCAUGUCAGAGCAACAGCAUCACACAAGUAAUGCUGCUGGUAACACAGAUCCCAUGGUUGGUGAAGAUUCUACUGUUGGGGUGUUGAAGAGGAUCAGAAGUGAAGCAGAGCUUAAAAGCCUGAAUCAAGAUAGAGAAAAGCUCUUGCCAAGAUCCCAAAGCCAGGAAACACUUGGUGAACAUGCUAAAGCUGAGUAUCACCGACCCUUAUUAAAAACUCAAAAGGAGGAUGCUCAGAGAGUAAAAGUUACAUAUGGAGAUGAGAAAACCCGGUUUAGAAUGCCAAAGAAUUGGGGUUACGAGGAUCUUUUGCAGGAAAUUGCUAAGAGAUUUAACGUUAGUGACAUGAGCAAAUUCGAUAUCAAAUAUUUGGACGAUGACUCUGAGUGGGUAUUACUAACCUGUGAUGCUGAUUUAGAGGAGUGCAUUGAUGUUUGUCAAUCUUCUGAGACUAGUACAAUCAAACUUUGUCUACAAGCUUCUAGUCAUUGUAUCAGAAGUUCUUUAAAAUUUAGAUAGCAGUUGCCUUUUCUGAUUGUAAAUUAUAAGUUCCUUUGUCAUGUAUG